AUGUGUGUGUACGCGGGUGCGCGCCCAAAUGCAAAUUGUGUGGAAGGCGCGUGUAGCGUGAAGCAAAGGCCGAGGAGAGAGGGCGAGACCGCCAGAGGCAUGUACGUACAUCCAGGACCAUGUACAUGGGCAGCUGCCAGCCGACAGGGGAUGCCUGAAAGUGCGGGAGAGUUCCUGCCUUGUGCACCGGCAGGCUCCAAAGUCUACCACACAUUUUACGGAACACACAAUGAGAGGUGGGGUUACAGGCCUCGCCAAACUGCGCUGAAGAAUCCUUUCCGCCUCCUCAAAAUCGGCACACGUCGGGGUCGGCCGUCGUUUGCGUCAUCGGCCUCGAGUAGCACCGGUACCGUAUCUGACGCACAGUUUUUCCCACACCUGGGUUCGCCCGGCCAGAUCCAGGGUCUGCAGGACUCGGGGUUGGCGGCCGCCGCUCCCAAGGCCCCUUGGCUGCCGCUCCUUAGCACGCACACUCUCAAGAUUGAGCGGGAGCAGACCUGCUGUGCAGUUGCCGCACGUACAGUAUUUAUUGUGGUCGUCUUGUCUGGGAAGGACAAAAGAGGGAGGCCGCCUCGCUAG